AUGAUAAGAGCUGGGCAAGUGGGAAAACGAGCGACAUGUGACCUCCCUGAAUUGGCCAAGCUGUGUCUUAAUUGUGAUGCUCCAGAUGACACUGAAUGGGACGAGAAGGGGCGCACCAUGAUCAAUUACAUCUUCGUUAAUUUCGACAGAAUCAUAAGAUCUAUUCAGUUUGGCUACUUGGAAGAUGGCGCUCUAGUCAUGUCUGAAAUGUUUGGUCCCCCUAAGGAAGAGGGACCAUACUCUUCAAAUCAGUUUGUGUCGGUGAUACUGGGUCAAGAUGAUUAUGUGACUGGAUUGAGUGGAGAACUAGGAGUUUCUGAAGGAAUCAGAAAUUUGACAUUUCAUACUAACCGUGGAAACCACGGACCGAUUGGAGUGUGGGAGGAGAGUUAUACACGUGGUUCCAAGAUAAAUAUUGUUACUGGAAUAAGUGAUCGACGUGAGUUUGGUGGUUUCUUUGGGUCUCACAACACGAACUGUCUUUCAUCGAUUGGUAUCUAUGCGAGUCCCAUUGCAAGUUCCAACACGGACGGGGUUCAACGUGAAAAUAUUUGA